CUCUGCACCUCAAGGAUAACAUUUCUGUCCUUUUGAUUGGCCGCCUCACUGCUGCAAGAUUCUAACCGUCUUAUUUUGAUGAUGAAUACGAAAGCACAGUAAGCCGGGCUGGAGCGUAGUGUCUCAGGGGCUGCGCUCCUUCCAGAGCCCAAGGACUUACAGCUUCCUCCGCUGCCUUGCUGUGCCAACAACCCCCCCAAAAAAAGUUGUGAUGCUUUUCUUCACCCAGUGCUUUGGGGCUGUGUUAGAUCUCAUUCACCUCCGCUUUCAGCACUACAAGGCUAAACGGGUGUUCUCCGCCGCUGGGCAACUUGUCUGCGUUGUAAACCCCACGCACAACCUAAAGUAUGUGUCCGGCCGAUGCGCCGUCACCCAGAGCGCCCCGGAGCCCGGCAGCUUCCCCCCUCACCUCCUCCCCCCACUCCUCCGCCACCACGCCCGCCAGCCCCACCUCCGCCACCACGCCCGCCCUCACCACCACCCCCCGCACCAGGAGGCGGGGCUACACGCUGCCCAGGUGACGCCCUGCACCUGCCCCUUGUUCUCCUGCCAGUGGGAAGGCCACCUGGAGGUGGUGGUGCCCCACCUGCGGCAGAUGCACAGGGUGGACAUCCUCCAGGGAGCCGAGAUCGUCUUCCUGGCCACGGACAUGCACCUCCCGGCACCGGCCGACUGGAUCAUCGUGCACUCCUGCCUCGGCCACCACUUUCUGCUGGUGCUUAGAAAACGGGAGAGGCAUGCAGGGCACCCCCAGUUCUUCGCCACCAUGAUGCUCAUCGGGACCCCCACCCAGGCCGACUGCUUCACCUACCGCCUGGAGCUCAACAGAAACCACCGGCGUCUCAAGUGGGAGGCCACCCCCAGGUCUGUGCUGGAGUGCGUGGACUCGGUGAUCACUGACGGGGACUGCCUCGUCCUCAACACCUCGCUGGCCCAGCUCUUCUCCGACAACGGCAGCCUUGCCAUCGGGAUUGCCAUCACUGCGGCGACGGAGGUCUGCUCCUCGGAAGCCGAGAUGUGAAGCAGAGGCCCCAGACGGUCACGUGCAGUCCCCGCUUCCCCGAGGAACUCUGCCUGGGCCCUUGGAUCUCAGAAGGCCAGGACUCCAGGCUCCUUUCUAUCCUUCUCCCUCCUUCUCUCCUUCCUUCCUUUCUUUUUUUGUCUCAGGUACUUUGUGGUAUUUGGUAUUCGUCUGCCAUGGGCAUUAUAUUACGUAAACAUCUUGUGAUUCAAGAUCUGGGUGUGAGGUUUGUCCUGAUUUGUUGGUAUAGUUUUAUAGAACACUUUUAAUCGGAUUCAGUCAGAAUGGUGAUUUCUCGCCACCGUCUCCUUGCAAUUCCCUUCUCCGCUGCUUCUAAAUUGAGCAAAAGUCACCAAGGUCACAAAGCAGACUCUUGGGGUUGAAAGGAGACAGUGUCCAAAUCAUUUCUUGCUUCUCUUUUUAAUCUAUUUCAGAGUGAGCUAACUCUGAAAUGCGUGCCGACAGCAGAUUAGGGAACGGGACCUGGCCAGCUCGGGGGUAUGUAUUUCAGACCAACCAGACGCAAGUCUGCCACCUUCCCAGGAACCUCAGGGGCCACGCUGCCUGGACACAAGGAGAUGGCGUCUCCUCCGAAGGCCAGGGCGCCGGACUGCAGGCGUCACCACGCCAUGUGUCCUCUGGCUUGAUCCCGGGGCUGGGGGGAACGGGCAGAGGUUGAACCCUCUUUUGCCAGGCUGUUAUGAGCUUGCUGUCAGCCCGGGCCAUCUUUUCCUGCUCCGAAAUCAAAGGCCUCAAGGGUUUGGUGCUUUCUUGAAAAUCUCUUUGCCGUCUGUUGAGCAAUUCAUAGAAAAGGAUGGGCAAGAUGCAGGGGGAGAGAAGCAGUGGGAAAAGCGAAGGAUAAAAUGAAUCUCCCACCUCUGGGAGGGCGUUCUCUCCUGAGAGAGCUUUAUUAUCAAGUUAUAAAAUCCACCAAUCCUUUCCCUGGGGUGGAGCACGUUUGUAUCAGGCAAAGAGCCCUCUGUGCCCUUGACAGUUCAUAAGCAGAACCACGAUUCGGCAUCAAACACAAGGAACUUGAAGGGUGCGACCAGGUCCUCUGACCUGAAGGGCUGUCCCCAUCACUCAGACACCUGAGAGGGUCCUCUUUCCUUCCCUUACUUCUAAAACGCUCCGAGGGCCCCGUUCAGCACACACACGCUAUCACUGGUCAGUAUGCGUCCAGCGCCCCGUUGCAGUAUGAAUGAAGAGGCCACGAAAAUCCAUACUGCCUCCAGGCAGAUGGCCUUCUCUCAUUCGGCUGUCAGAACACUUUGCCAACCUCUUCUUGUGGAAGUCUCUCGUGUUUUUGAAGAAAGUAAGCAUGUUCAGUGGAAGCUUCUGAUGGAAGCUGAUACCUGUAAGCCUUCCCAGUAGGUCCUCUUCCCCCUCCUUUUGGUCAUUUUUGUUCUCCCCUCGGCCAAUCCCUGGUUGCAGCAGCUACACGGACGGGGCCCCCAACGCCCACACGACGCCCACCAGUGGACCUUUCACCAAGCAGACGUUGCUCUCGGUCCCGUUCCCUCCCCUGGCCAUCUCGGCUGGGUCCUGGCAGGCCUCCCAGUGAGGAUUUAGUUUCGGGCAGCUUUUGCCCUGAAUGGCCAUCAGCAAUCUUUUCUCUGCCAAAAAUAAUUGAUCCAGAAACACAACACCCUUCCCCCCAACAACUGGGUAAUCCUGCAGCCACCUGUGCUGCCAACCCGCGGCUCCAGCUCUGCAAGGGCAGGGUCGGUCGAUAGAGGAGCUCGGAAUGCAGCCCCCUCUAGUUAUACAGUAACCGCUGGGGCCUGGGAUCUGAGGUUUUGUUCUCUAAGAGCCCUAAGGAGACCAAUAAACAUCGUGUCACUGAUUGAGGCAAACGCCAGGGGCGCAGUCCCAAGGAAAGAGUUGUAAGCUCCUUCCUCUUAGUGCUGCCAGAACGUCCCACAGGGCACCAGCAUCCCCCACCCAGAACCGCACCGCCGGCCUGGGAACAAGCUGAGGCUGGCUGGUCCACGUGAGGAGAGACUGGCUCCUUACUUUACCCCCAGGCCCUUCCCCAGAACCUAAGACCUCCUUGGCUGUAAGUCUGAUGCCUCCAGAGGCUGCAUUCCUUCCAUGGUUCCUGAUUCUCCACCACUUGGAAAACAUUUGUGUAGCAUCACAGGUGCCCCAGAUAAACAAACCAACCAAACCUCGUUAAGAGUAUAAUUACCAUCCACCGGGCCUUAGGGCGCGUGCAAACGCCACCUCUGCCCUCCUGUGGUGCCAAGUGAGGAGAGCCUGACCGAGAAUAACUUCAGGCUAUUAGUAGCGCACACAGGACUGUAUUAUGAAUAAGUGAUCCCAGGUCGGAAGGGAUAUGUUUGGUUCCUAGAAACCUUUAGAUUAAAGGGUAGAGGUGUGUUAUUUUCAUCCAUCUACGGUGCUCCCAAGAAGCCCUUCCUCUCUAUAGCCAUGUGUGAAGAAUUGAAGGAAAAGGAGCGAAGUGGAAACAAGGUACAGGGAUUAGAAAAUGGUACCAACGAAGUGCGCUGUGUUGAGAUUUACGGUCACAAAGGUUCCCUCAUUUGAGACUCAGGAGAAUCCCCGUCAGCGUCCUCCGUAUACAAAAAACACAGAAGUUCAGAGACACGAAACGACCUUCCCAAAGUCACACACCAAGUGUGUUGGGACCACAGCUUGAACCUGGCCCACCGACAGCAAACCUGGUGUUCUGGCCAGAGGAAGACGAACCCAGAGUAGUCAGCACGUUCCCACCUCGUCAGUGGACUGGGGUCCCGAGGGUCCACUGGGUCUUGGUUCGGGGAGCAGGGAGAGUCUGAAGUAGCUUUGCUUUGAGAGGCAUCUCAGCUCGAAGAACUGGUCAACCUGGAAGCAGGGGGAGGGGUGGGGGGCAGGGGAACCAAGGAGUGGGGUCUUCAGUGGCCUCAGGCCCCUUCCUGUAUCACAUCGCCCACUGCAGGUUCCUCAUUUUUAGGUCCCCAGGAGUCCACCCAACACAGAGCCCUGGGAUCUGACUGCCUCAUGCCCACCCAGAUGCCGACUUGAUACCCACCCUCUAAGGAGUACAGUCAGCCCUCUCUGUCUGCAGGGCGUUGGGUCCUCGAUACGCCCCACACCCCCACCCCUGGAUACCAAAAUCCACGGAUGCUCGAGUUCCUUAUACAAAAUGCCAUAGUACAAUCGAAGCCCACAGAUGCACAGGGCCAACUGCAUUUGCAUUUAAAACGUAGGCCUAGGGAUAUAUGUGAAAAGAAUCUUAAAAAAGAGUGGAUAUAUGUAUAUGUAUACCAGAUUCACUCUGCUGAACACCUACACAACAUUGUAAAUCAACUAUACCCCAAUACAAAUUACAAUUAAAGAAAAAAAAAGUAGGCCUCGGGAGACGGCAGCCCUUAACAGCAAGAAAUGAGUUACCAGCAUUUGAACUUGAGGCAGGAGGUGUGAAGAGAAGGUCAUUCCUGCCCUUGAGGCUGAGCCUGCAUAAAUGGUCAGUGCAGAAUGGAAGUCAGGCCAGGCAAAGCAGAUUGCCUUUAAUUAUCCUUCUCUCCAUGUACCUGCAGCUGGGAUAGACCCCAUCACUACCUGUGGCUAUCGUGGACCUUUAAGAAACGGAUCAGGUUAAUAAUAAUAAUAGUACUCAUGGCUACCACUUAUUGAGGGUUUACUAUGUAACCUAGUGAGCUAAGUACUUUGAGCAUAUUAUCUCAUUUAAUCCCCAUAACAACCUUAUGAAGCAGGUACUAUUAUUUCACCCAUGAAGAAACUUAAGCUAAGAGGGAUUAGACACUUUUAAGGUCACACAGUAGCAAAUGGUACAGCUGGGUCUGGAAUUGAGCGUGUCUUGCUCCAAAGUCCAGGCUUCAGACCAAUACCAACUACGUCAUUUCUAGAAAUUCAUGGACCCAAGGCUCAGAAGGACCAGUCAUAAAUUCUGAAUGGCACAGAGGCCUUUUAGUAGAGUUGCUUAAAUGUGCCCUUUCAUUUCUUCCCUUUCUCCCUCUUUUCCCAGACCAAGACAGAACGGUGUGCUACAGCUGGCUUGUGUAACAGUUGUUAAAUUUUUUAGGAAUUUUACAAACUGUUAAGCACAGCCACUAUCAAAAAUUAAAUUAUAUAAAUUUACAAUUAAAUAAGUUCUAUUAAAAAGAAGGUAAUAAAUACUCAAAACUCAUCACUUCCUAAUUAUUUCACUACUCUUAUUUUCCAUGCUUUCAAGAUUAUUUACCUUGAUCACAUGUGUGUGGUGAACAUACUAUAUAAUGAUGCGCUACCAACCCCAUGUUUGGUGACAUCAUGGUAACUGCUUGAAACUGGCCACGGUGGCAGUGUUCACCCUAUGGAAACUGUCAAUGCUAUAAGCCAGGGUGUUUCCCACUUGGAGAACUAGCUGUGAAAACCUUUACCAGCACACCACUGCCUGGACAGUUCUGGUGCACAUGGCAGGGUGGGGAGAGGGGACUUUGGAAGGAGAAACAAGAUCCUGGUGGCCACGCUGACAGGGAUAGAGAUAACAGCCAAGCUAGCCAAACAGCAAAUUUUCGGGAAAACACAAAUUGUUCCGGAGAAGGGGGUCUGACGCCUCUAAGCAACUUCAAGGGCACUCCCUGCCCUAUUCCAGAUCCUUCCCUAUUGCUGUUAGUGUGGGAAGUUCUAUCUGAUGACUUUCAUGGAAAAAUUAUGGUUCCACAAAACCAACCUACUGCAAUCCCAAUCCCAAAAGUAGGACCAAACUCUACAAAAUUAGAAUCUCCCAUUGCUUGUUCUUAUAGGUCAUUUUUCUUACCUCUGUAUAUAGAGCAAAACCUAAAGAAAUAUUUUACUUUGCAAUUAGAGAUUGGAAAUAUCCAACAUCUGAGAAUGACACAGUGGGCGGUAGUUGCAAACAUCACAUAAAAUGUAUGACCACAGAAAUAGGACCCUCACAUCCUCAAAGCUGAAGGACAAAAAAGGGAACAGAUCAGGGGAUGUUACAUGAAGAACAGAGCCUAGCGCUAAUCUGGCUACUUCACUGCAACCCAACAAGGAGCCUGUUCACAAUCCAUAGUCUACCCAGACCGAUACUCUUUCCAGAUUAAGGGUAUGGUUCCCACUAGGAUAAAAGUCACAAGGAACUCCAGGCUGAGUGCCCUGUAGCAGGCAGAAUCCCCAAGGUCAAUAGUGAAUCAGUGACUCUGAUCCCAGUGGCUUCAACGUAAGUGAAAGAAGUGAGGCUUGUUGAAGCCUCCACUUGGAUGCAAUUUCUGGUGGAAGGGGAAGGGACUGUGGACUGGACAUCAAAGACGUAUGCUUCGAUUAAAGUUCAGCUACAAAUAGCAUCAAGAGUAGAGUCUCCUAGUAGAUUGUUAGACCUUCAGAUUAUUUGUUCUGAAGAUUUCCUUUAAGGAUUGGUGAGCUCUCUAGUGUAUUAACCUGGACAAUGGCCAGCCAAGAAAAACUUCACUAAAAAGAGAUCCAAGAAAUCUGUCGUAGAUAAGCGUUGAUUUGUUUCCCCCAAAUCAGAUUAUCACAUGGGUUACCUACAUGGGUUAGGGUUUGUGUUUUCCAAUAUUGUAUGAAAAUAUUUAACUUUGAGUACUGUACUAUAAACACUCCCCUCCCCUUUUUAACCUUUUCUUAGGGUAUUGAGAUGAGACAGAGAAAGGAAAUUGAGAAUCACUUUACUUGAUCUGAAUUGAUGUAUAUAUAAUUUUCUAGGCUUUCUUAUGAUGUUAAAGACAAGAAGCAGUAGCAGAUUUAGAAUUCUACUUUCUCUCUACUCUGUCUCCCAUGAAAAAUGUCAUUAAAUUGCAUUUGAUAUUGUGUCCUCGAA